AUGAACAAGAUAAAGCAAUGGAAGAGAAAGAUUGCACCUGUGGAGAUCCUGAUGAAAAAUAACUCUGGUUUUGGUUGGGACCCUACCACACAGAAAUUUACAUGUCCCGACGAAGUGUGGAAUGGCAUUUUAGAGGCACGUUCAAAUACUCCAAAUCUCAAGGAUAAACUUUUCGAGAAUUUUGAGGAUAUAUUAAUGGUAUGCGGAGAUCAUGGCGCUUCUGGCAAAGGAGCUAUAGGUUUAGGUCCUGAUGGCUUGGAUGAAGCACGCUUAGAGGAAGUGGUUGGGGAGGGAAUACUUGGUGCUGAUGCUGAGAUGGAAUCUCUGGAUGGAGGAGAUGCUACUGUAGAAGUGCAACAUGCUACCACCGUUCCCAGUGAUAAUGUGCCAUUUUCUGGUUCUGGACCAUCCAAUCUGAAUAAUAGUAAACGAAGGCGUAGGUCAAUUGGUACUGCAGCCACAUCUUCUGCAUCUUCCCAAUUAUCAUUGCAAGAGGUAGGAGAGAGAGUUGUCACUGUAGGUAAAGCUUUUCAUGAGUUAGUUGAUGAGUUGAGGAAGAUAAGAAAAGGUCGGAAUAAAGAAUGGGUUGAUGAUGUUAUGUCUACUUCUGAAUUGACUAAGCUACAAAAAUGGAAUAUACUCAGUGACAAUAUCUCACAGGACAUAAAGGAUGCCUUUAUUGACAUGGAUGCAAAAGACCGCUAUGAGUUUCUACAUUUUAGGUUGACCGGUGUGAUAAUGAAUGAUGGUAAGGAUGGGACUCAAGCCAAUUCUGAUCCAAAUGGUGAAGAUUAUGAUUCUGAUUUCCUUGGAGAUGUUUAG